AUGAGCUCCAUCAUUCAAAGCUUCCAAAAAAACACUGCACUCCCAGUCUCGCAAACCGAAUCCAAAGACCACCUCCAAGAAGCCUCCGGCGCCCCAGGGAGGCUACGAUGGCGGCUCUCCGCUCUUUCCGUCAAAUUACAACCCACCUAUUCACCGGAGAAAUCCUGGACAUUACCCAGGUCAAAAUCUUUGUCUGCCAUGGGAGAAUACACCGGUAGCUCGAUUAAAAAAUGGUGGGACUGGGGCUGGUCUUGGAUCCUUUCCAAGAAACCCAUGUUCGCUAAAGACAUCGAGAUGAACGAAGAAGAAACCAGGGCCCUUGGGUGCCACAACAAAGGCAGCUGGAGGCAUGUCUUUUACAAAGUCAGAUCUGAGAUCAGAAAACUCGUGGGAUCUGAUCGCCUCCCACAAACUUGCAGGUACAAUCCUCUUGGUUACUCCAAGAAUUUCGAUGAUGGAAACAGUUAUACCUGUGGUUGA